AUCAAUAAUUCCACGGUACCUGUACCACACGCGUAGGCGAUGCAGUGAUCCAUGUAGCGCCUGGCGCUGUCAUGCCCAGCCAUCUGCGACCGCCCGCUCAUCAGUUUGGCUACUGCCGUUGUUGGGUUUCAGAGACAUACUUCAUCGCCUUUGCAGCCAUGGCUUAUUCUUUGUCCAUUGCCACAACCGCCACGACCGAUCCGAACGAGACCAGGGGUAAUCGAACCAAGGUGGACGACUUCGUGAACAGCGUGGCCCAGUUGCCUUUCCUCAACCCACUGUUUAUACCACCUGUUGUGCUGGACCACAAAUGGGGUGGUGUGCUCCGCGUUCUUAACGGCAGGAUUACGGGCAUUCGCUCGUUGCAUCGGACUGAAGCUGUCGUCAUGCGCUUUGCUACUAGCGUCGACCUCCGCUCUGUGCUUGAGAUGGGACCGCUGUACGGUGUCCUCUCGGUCGUUAUUUCGCCGGCUCAAGGCCUAAGUGCUCCAUUCGGCUCAUCGUCUAUGUACUACAACCGAAGGACUUUGUCGUUCGACGCCCGAGCGGUCACCAUGAAUUUCUCAGCCGGUACGGACUUCGACACAGGAAGGGGAAGACUCUACACCCUAGCGCUUAAGAAGAUCGUAGGUCUGAAUGUUACUAUUGACAAGCUCGAUACUUAUGGCAGCCUCGUAAACCUGUUCACGUCAGUGCUGAAGCGACACGUGGAGCGGUUUAUCCGUUAUCUUGUGGAAGAUGUGCUGCGAAGUAUUAUGUCGGAGACGAUUCGUUACGCAGACUUGAGUGCAGAGAAUCUGAUGAGAACAUUCGUACACGCUUAGAUGCCUCUUAUUUGGAACACUGGGUCUAAAGUGACUGCAAUGAGAUCCUGUACUGCGCUAGGCGUUAUGCAAAUUUUUAUGUAAUUAUGCUACAAGAACCGCGUGUGAAGUACAGGCCGCAAUGCAGCACACGCCAUGUGCCCAAUAAAGACGGUGCGGUGAUGACAAAA